CCCAGAUUCCAACUGAGUGCAAGGAAACUUUCUCUUGAUAUUUUUAUAAAAGUCUCAACUCGAAACAUUAUGCCAGCUGCCAUCUACGUUUCGGCUUCUCAUCAGGGAUCUUUGGAUCCCUCAAGAAAGCCCGUAGUGAGGCCAUCGUCAACUUCAGCCAAUAUAGCCAAGUCCGAGUCCGUACCCCGCACAAUCGAUGCAUUAUUACGCCUACGCGCUACAUCUUAUCCUCAAGAUCAUAUUGUUUCGUAUCCAAAGUCAGGAAUAGAAUUUAUAGACUAUAAUCUACAGCAACUUGAUGUAUUCGCUUGGAGGGUGGCAAAUCAUUAUGAGCGGCAUCUACCCGCGCGAAAGUCAUCGCAAGAAAAGCCGCUUGUUGUGGCACUCUUAGGCGUAUCAAAUUUCGAAUAUCUCAUUACGCUGCUCGCUCUAAUAAAGCUUGGGCAUACGGUUCUCCUUCUAUCAACGAGGAUCACAGUUCCAGCUAUUGAAUCUCUCAUGAAUGCUACAUCAGCCUCUACAAUCAUUGUAGACAGGAAACAUUUGAGCACAGCAGGAGAGAUUCAAAAUCUGCUCCCACUAUUGCAACUAUAUGAGAUUAUAGACCGUCAAGUAUUUGAGUUUUCAAUAGAAGCUCAUGGAGACACUCAACUAGAUUCUCAUCUAGAUCCGGAAACCGAGACGGAAAAUAUUGCUCUUAUCGUCCAUUCAAGCGGAUCAACUGGCCAUCCAAAGCCAAUUUUUCAGACACAUAAAUCAUGUCUUGCCAAUUAUGCAAACAGCAUGAAUAUGAAAUCAUUCAUAACAAUGCCGCUAUAUCACAACUAUGGUAUCUGCAGCUUCUUUCGGGCAUUGCACUGCCGUAAAUCUAUUCAUUUUUACAAUGCUGAACUUCCAUUAACCCAAGAAAACUUGUUGAAAAUCUUCCAGAGAAACAAAUUUGAGAUCUUCUAUGGCGUUCCAUAUACGCUCAAGCUGCUUUCAGAGUCUCAGACAGGCAUUAAUCUCCUUCAGGAUUUAGAACUUGUAAUGUAUGGUGGUUCAGCCUGCCCGGAUGAUCUAGGAAAUCUUCUUGUCGAGAAUGGAGUUAAUCUUAUAGGUCUUUAUGGAGCAACCGAAGUUGGGCAACUCAUGACUUCUUUUCGCCCGAAAGACGAUAAAGCGUGGAAUUAUGUCCGAGAACACGAUGCACUUGCGCCAUUUUUGAGAUGGGAGCCACGGGGCUCAAACUUGUAUGAGUGUGUUAUUUUGGAAGGCUGGCCAUCCAAGGUGCAGUCUAGUCGGCCAGAUGGCGCCUACGCAACGAAAGAUGUUUUCGAACCUCAUCCAAGCAUUCCUAGAGCGUGGAAAUUUAUUGCUCGACUGGACGAUACAAUUGUUCUUGUAAAUGGCGAAAAGUUUAACCCUGUGGAUAUAGAGGGUACAAUACGAUCGAACAAGAACGUCACUGAAGCCGUCGUGUUCGGUGCUGGUCGUGCUCAUCUUGGCAUCUUGCUUGUCCCAGCCGCUGGAUUGGCUGCUCGCACUAAUGAAGAGAUACUUGAUAUAAUCUGGCCAGUCGUCGAAUUUGCGAACAAAUCUGCGGAUGCCUUCGCCCGAAUUUCUCGAAAUAUGAUCCGGCUAUUACCACACGAUUGUGCUUAUCCUCAUACGGAUAAGGGAAGCAUAAUACGACAAGCGUUUUACCAAAAGUUCAAAGCGGAAAUUGAGGAAACUUAUGAUCUUGCUGAUUCAAGUUCAGAAAAACUUGUGCAAUUCGAUCUCCCAGAGCUGCAACAAUUUGUAAGAGAUCUUCUCCACAAGACGGCUGAAACAUCUGCGCCAGUUCAAGACGAUGAAGACUUUUUUUCGCUGGGCUUAGACUCAUUACAAGCUAUCCAAAUGAGAAGUGAGAUUCUGAGAAAGGUCGAUAUUGGCGGAAAUAAACUUGGGCAACAAAUUGUAUUUGAGCAGCCGUCAAUUAAUAAAUUGAGCAGCUUUUUACUUUCUCUACGAAUUGGUAAAGAUGCCGCUGAGAAGCUGUCCAUCGAACAACAGAUGGAAAAUCUCGUGAUGAGAUAUUCGACAGAGACUUUAUCUAUAUCAAAUAACUCUUCAAUUGUUGUUACAGGCGCUACCGGCUCUCUUGGCGCUCAUAUUGUUGCAAAACUAGCUUCUAGGCCCGAUAUUGACCAAGUAUAUUGCCUAGUUCGUGCCAAUGAUUUAACUCAUGGCUACAAAAGAGUUGUACGCUCAAUGAUACAGAGAAGGGUUUACCACUUGCUGUCUUUAGCCUCGCGGCGUAAAAUCAUAGUCUUGCCGUCAAAUCUGGCAGAGCCAGAUCUUGGAUUGUCUAAAUCAGCCUACGAAGCCGUUACGGAGAAUCUCACUGCGGUGAUCCACUGCGCUUGGUCUGUUAACUUUAACAUGCACCUAUCAAGUUUCGAGAAAGGAAAUAUCGCAGGCGUAUCACAUCUUAUUUCUCUCUGCCAGUCUGCGCAGCCACCCGCAACAAUGAACUUUUGCUCGUCAGUCAGUACUUGCUCUCAGGCAACGGUUGUUCCUGUUCCCGAACGCGUUCCAGACUUUUCAUGGGCACAAAACAUGGGGUAUGCUCAAUCUAAAUCGGUAGCCGAGCAUAUUUGCGCUAAAGCCGCUUCUCAGGGUGUAACUACUCGCGUGCUUCGUAUUGGGCAAAUUAUUGGCGAUACAGAGCAUGGAGUGUGGAACUCCCAAGAAGCAGUACCUAUGAUGAUGCAGACUGCAGUAACAAUCGGCGCUCUACCGAGACUUCAAGAAACUCCAUCGUGGCUGCCUGUCGAUGUUGUGGCAGAUGUCGUCACAGAUAUAUCGCUCUCCGGAGCGGGAAGCAUAUUUGCUAAUGUCACUAAUCCACAAGUCUUUAGCUGGAAUGAUGACCUUCUACCUGCUCUACGCAGAUGCGGGCUUGUAUUUGACGAAGUUGAGCCCAAAGAGUGGAUUAAGAGACUGCGGACAUCGAACUUGGAUCCCGUGGCCAAUCCUCCCAUCAAGCUACUAGAUUUCUUUGCAUCCAAGUAUGACAGAGAUUCGUUCAGUCCAUCAAACAGAUUUGCCACCGAAGUGGCGCGUUCUUUCUCGCCAGCCUUGGCUACAGUUCCCAGUCUUUUAGAGGGGCAUGUCGCCAAAUUUGUUAGCUAUCUAAAUGAAAAGGCAUGGAAGAUCUCAUCAUCUCUAAAAGAGGAUGACAGAACGGCUAUUAUUAUAACAGGACCAUCUGGAACGGGAAAAUCGGCGGUUGGAAAUAGGAUAGCGCAAGCGCUUGACAUCCCUUUUAUUGAGGGUGACAAACUAUGCUCCCGCCAAGACAUUGUGAAAAUAAGAUCUGGCAUUACACUCUCUGACGAAGAUAGCUUAUCUUGGAUCGAUAUAAUCAAUCGACGAACCACGGAUACAUUCGCCGACCUUGGAUACAACUGUGCGGUUGUUACCUGCUCUGCUUUGAGAGAAAGAUACCGCAACCAGAUUCGUCGCCAUAUGUUUGCACAUCAAGUAAAGGUUAUUUUUAUUGAUCUACAGGCUGACCGAGAUAUUCUUGCGAGACGUCUUCAAGAGCGUCAAGACAGCGUUAUGGGAGCAAAUAUGGUCGACAACCGAAUACAUGUAUACGAAGAGCCUAGUAUCAAAGAGUUUGAUGUCGUACCUGUGGAUACAGAGGACGCUGAUCAAGCGGUAUUGGACAAGAUUCGAUGGAUCGUUGAAGACGGAGUUGAAUGGAUUUAGAGGCAUUUCGAGCCACUUAUAACUAGAAUAUAAAAUAUAGAAAGAUCGGAUGUCAAAG